AAGUUCUCCGGAACACCAUCCGGGUUGAGCCCCAUGGUCGUGUGAUGUUUUGGUCGCGACCCUCUGGGCCCCUGGCUUGAUAUAGAUGAGCAAAACGCUACUUCUUUGCAACGUUGUUGCGAUUGUUGAACACGCCGAUCCGGAAAAGCUUGAAACAGAAAGCGAUAAGAAAGUGAAUGCCAUCUGUCCGCAGGGCGUCGGAGUGAGAGCGCCCCCUACCUUUGGCCAUGAGUAACAGCCACCCGCUGCGGCCGCUGGGCUCGGUGUCGGAGAUCGACCAUGUGCAGCUGCUGUCGGAGCAGCUGGGCGCGCUCGCUCCCGGGGAGGAAUACAGCGACGUCACCUUCAUCGUGGAGGAGAAGCGCUUCCCUGCGCACAGGGUCAUUCUGGCUGCACGCUGCCAUUACUUCAGAGCGCUGCUGUACGGCGGGAUGAAGGAGGCGCAGCCGCAGGGGGAGGUGUGCCUGGAGGAGACACGGGCGGAGGCCUUCUCCAUGCUGCUGCAGUACCUGUACACGGGCCGGGCCAGCCUCAGCGCCGCCCGCGAGGAGGUGCUGCUUGACUUCCUGGGCCUGGCCCACCGCUACGGCCUCCAGCCACUAGAGGACUCCACCUGCGAGUUCCUGCGCACCGUGCUGCACACUCACAACGUGUGCCUGGUGUUCGACGUUGCCAGUCUGUACAGCCUCAGCGCCCUCAGCCAUGCCUGCUGCUCCUUCAUGGACCGCCACGCCCCCGAGGUGCUCGCCUCCGACGGCUUCCUCACGCUGUCCAAGACGGCUCUGCUGACGGUGGUGAGAAGGGACUCGUUUGCCGCCAGCGAGAGGGAGAUCUUCCAGGCGCUGUGCCGCUGGUGCCGGCAGAACGGGGACGGCACGGCGGUGCAGGAAGCGAUGUCAGCGGUGCGGCUGCCGCUCAUGACUCUGACGGAGAUGCUGAAUGUGGUGAGGCCCUCCGGCCUGGUCAGCCCUGACCACCUGCUGGACGCCAUACAGACCCGCUCAGAGAGCCGAGACAUGGACCUCAGCUACCGCGGCAUGCUCAUCCCUGAGGAGAACAUCGCCACCAUGAAGCACGGCGCGCAGGUGGUGAAGGGGGAGCUGAAGUCGGCACUGCUGGAUGGGGACACGCAGAACUACGACCUGGACCACGGCUUCUCCCGGCACCCGAUCGAGGAGGACGGCCGAGCCGGCAUCCAGGUGAAGCUGGGCCAGCCCUCCAUCAUCAACCACAUCCGAAUCCUGCUGUGGGACAGGGACAGCCGGUCGUACUCCUAUUAUAUAGAGGUGUCGAUGGACGAGCUGGACUGGGUGCGUGUGGUGGAUCACUCUAAGUACCUGUGUCGCUCCUGGCAGAAUCUGUACUUCCCGGCACGAGUGUGUCGGUAUGUGCGCAUUGUUGGAACACACAACACUGUCAACAAGGUGUUCCAUCUGGUGGCCUUCGAGUGCACAUUCACCCAUCACUCUUUCAUCCUGGAGAAAGGCCUUCUUGUACCCAGUGAGAACAUGGCCACCAUCUCAGCCUGCGCCAGCGUCAUAGAGGGGGUGAGCCGCAGCCGAAACGCCCUCCUGAACGGGGACACCUGCAACUACGACUGGGACUCGGGUUACACCUGUCAUCAGCUGGGCUCAGGGGCCAUUGUGAUCCAGCUAGCACAGCCAUACAUGGUGGACUCGCUAAGAUUGCUGCUAUGGGACUGUGAUGACCGAAGCUACAGUUACUACAUCGAGCUCUCCACCAAUCAGCAGCAGUGGACCAGGGUGGUGGACCGAACCAAGGUGGCCUGCAGGUCCUGGCAGACGCUGCAGUUUGAGAAGCAGCCCGCCUCCUUUGUGCGCAUCGUGGGGACCCACAACACCGCCAACGAGGUUUUCCACUGCGUGCACUUUGAGUGUCCGGCCCAGAUGGACACAGCUGUGCAGGAAGGCAGGCCCGGGCAGGACCCACCCGAACCCAGCUCCUCCUCCCAAUUGCCCCGCCCCCCGCGGCCCUCACGCACCCACGGCCUGCUCCCCGCCCCGACGGCACCGCCUUCCUCCUCCUCCUCCUCCUCCUCACACACCCACCACUGACGCGCCUGUGCGCUGCCCGGGGGGACACACCUUUGACUGCAGGGGCGUAACAGAAAACCCCAAAGCUGUGUUUGCACACGUAUCUGUCUCCAUGGUGCACUUCUCUAUGCUGCUAUGCCAAUUGCUCAGUUUUAUGAUGAUUGACAGUUGUAAUAUUGAUGAUGGAUAACUUGUGAUGACUCAAACAAACUUUAAUCUAUUUCAGGAUUUAAGUAGUUUAUGAGUUUUGUCUGAAUUAUUUUUGGGAGGUGGUGGACACUGUAUGGAGCAGAGUAAGAAUCCCAUAGACAACUCACUGAGCUGCUGGUGUUCGCUGGAGCCUCACACCCCCAUCUUUAGCAGACGGCACUGUCAGUCCUGUAUCAUGUGUAGUUUUGUUUUCAGUUGUUUUGACACUUCAGCUAACGUUGGGCUUCUGGUAGAUUAAAAGGUGUACCAAAGGGCUGUAUUUCCCCUCUUAUUUAACACGCCUCAGUGUGUAGCUGCACUUUAUCAGGAUGUGACAGGAUUUUGCCAAACAGCACAAAGCUAUGCUGUGCUUUAUGUAGGGUUUCGGAGAAAAUAACCUUUUUACUUUAUGUAAACCUUCUGUAGCCACCUUUCUUUGGGUUUAUACACACCAAGAGUGCUGAUGGUACAAGCAUCAGUUUUGUCACAUUUUGUCCUCUCAGUGACUGACAGUUUUUGAUGCAAAAACAUACUUUUUGCACUUUAAGUGUGUUUUUUCAUUCUUUAAAGCAGAAUAUUUAUCUGAAAUUCAUGCUGUGUAGGUUUGGCCAGAGAGAGUGCAUUGUGUCAGAGAAAGAGUGCUUCAUCAGUGUGCUGACACUGUGCCCCC